CGGACCAUAGAAAAAAAGAAAUUUCGGAUCCGACCCGAAAGUUCUUUCAUGCUUUUAUUCAAAAACCGUGUGCUUACAAAUCCACAAAUUCAAAAAAUUCCCUUUCCCGGCAAAGCCAUUACUCUUGCAGACCUUCCAUGGAAGAGGAGGAUGCGAAUCGGCGGCAUAAAAAAGUGCGGGGGCGAUUACCUAUCCAAGGCAUGGAAUCGGUAAUAGCUACAGUCAGCGGAUACCACGGUACCGAGCGAUUUAAUCUCAUCAAACUGAUAGACAAGAGCGGUGCAAGUUAUGUCGGUUCAAUGAACCAGUCGACCACUCAUUUGGUGUGCUGGAGAUUUGAUGGGAAGAAAUAUGAGCUUGCCAAGAAGUUCAAAAUGUCAAUAAUCAACCAUAGAUGGGUUGAAGAUUGUAUUAAGGAAGGAAGGCGUCUUCCGGAGGGUCCCUACACAUUUCAAUGUGGGCAAGAAGUGGGUCCGAUAAUGUUGGAUAUUACACUUUUUAGCGAAAGUAAACAAUUGAACCACUCCAAAGAACCAGCUAUUCUUAUUGAAUCUGAAGCGGAUUUCAACUCUUGGACAGAUUCAACUUUAUUAAAAGAGAAUUUGUCUCCUGAGCUGGUUAAACACAAGGAUAGACCAAGGAGGAAAUCAAAUGGAAGUAAUCUGAACGAGGAUCACCCGUCCAGCAGCAUAUAUUGUUCUGGUGAGCACUCUUUACAAUGCUCACGUAGAACACAGAUUGAAGAACUGAAUUUCCCCUCUUCAGCAUUCCUUAAACCCAAGAACAGAAGUUCUGAAUUUGCUGAAACUUCUCGCAGAAGUCGUAGAUUGGCAAAGAAGAACAUUAGUGGGGAUCUUGUGGAGAUUAUUUCAGGUUCAGAGAAACAGAGUCUCCAAUUACAAGCUCUUCGGGAACGUGAAACUUUGGCUCAAAUUUACAACUUGGAUGUUGAAAUGCCUGAAAUCUCUAUGAUUAACAGGCAUGGAUCUGGUUUUAGCUUCCAUCAGUCAGAGGCGGGACCAAGUAGAAUAGGUGUAGACGGCACUGGGGAAACUGAAGUUAACAGACUCCUUGAUAAUGGUAAUCAGUGUUUACAUGCAGAAGGUACCUCAUCUAAUCUUCCUGGAAAUGGACAAGAGCCAUGCCUAGCUGUUGAUGAGGUCCAAAAUGAGACUGAUAAUACUUGCAAAGUGUCUACAUCAACCGCAUUAUCCUGUGUCAUAUGUUGGACAGAUUUUAGUUCAUCCAGGGGGGUGCUUCCCUGUGGUCAUCGUUUUUGUUUCUCAUGCAUCCAGAAGUGGGCCAAUCAUAUGGCAUCAAGCAGGAAAGUCUCGACAUGCCCUUUGUGCAAGGCUAGUUUUGUUGCCAUUACAAAGGUUGAUGAUGCAAUUACUGCUGAUCAAAAGAUAUACUCUCAAACUAUUCCGGACAAUAAUCCGGAAAUGAACAUAUAUAUACUUCCCGAGGUUGAAACAUCAAGGUUCCGUUCUAAUGUGCAGGCAAAUCAUACUUGAAGCAUUAUCUAACUGCCUUGAGUCGGAUGCAUGAAUAGCCCAAACGUUUCUCCUAUUUGGUGCAACGAGUGUUACUGCAGUAACAUAUUAGAUCCCUGUAUCAAGCAUUUCAAUUUUAUAGAUCAAAGUAGGUGUCUUUACUUCCACAUCUUAUGAUACUCAUCUGAUUCUUCAUAUUUAGUAUUUCAAUGUUUCUGUUACUCUCUUUCUGAAGCAUGGUUACUUAUAGUUCGACCAGUCCACAGCCGAGUUCGAGUUGGUCCCUUUGCACUGGAGACUUGUCAAAAACCAAAAACCAAGAAAACAAUUUUAUGGUCAAAAGCUUCUAUCAUAGGUUGAAGCUAAAGAUGUCCGUUAAAGUAUUCAUUUGAAAUGUGGAAGGAGAAUCAUCUUGAAUGUUGGAGGUCACAGCUUCUGAAGAGUUCCAUAUGUAUUGUCAUCGUCUAUCCUUAAUGGCUGUUGUCUUUGAACUGCCUUAAGUAAAAAGAGUAACAGAGUAGUACAUCAGGGCUUUAGUCUGGUAGCAUUGGACUAAAAUACAGAUCUGUGAUUUAUUCCCUUAUUCAAUACAACAACAUGAGGAGGACUCUAGAAUAGGUGUCCAUGCCUAGUUAUUCUACACGUUCUGAUGAUUUCCCUGAGUUGCUUUGACUUUCUUGCUAAAACAUGUUUCUACCUCCCAAACACCCCUGAUCAAGAAGAGAAGAACAGGGGUGAAGUAUGUUUAGUGUUUGCAUCAUGCAUUUUGGUGUUCUCAGUUCACUUUCAUUUGUCAUUUUGAUU